AGAAUCUAUUCUUAAUUUGUUUUUUAGAAAUAAUACUAAGGUAGUUCUUUGUGGUGAUAUAAAUGUUACUUAUCUAACUGAUAAUAACAAAGAGAAGAAAAUGGAUUUGUUGUUAGCUUCAUUCAGUUUAUUGAGUACAGUGAAUUUUCCAACAAGAUUACAAAAUGGUUCUGCAACUGCAAUGGAUAAUAUAUUUAUUGAUGCAUCUCAGCAGGGGAAUUAUGUAAUAUAUCCCUUAUGUAAUGGGCUUUCUGACCAAAAUACAGGUUGAACUGUCAUAUCUAGCACCCUUGGUACCAGACCAGAGCAUGACAGCAGAACUUUUUGAACCUAGUCAACAUAGUUGACGUGUUAGUGUUGUCACACAAUUUUAAGAUAUUGGUAUAAGGAAAUAAGGAAAGGGAAUGUAAAGAGAUGAUAUAUGACAAGUUAGGUGUAAACAGUAAAGGAAGUACAAAGCAAAACACUGACAUCCACAUUGUAUAUGACCAAUACCUGUAAACAAACAGUUAUGAACCUGGACACCCAGCAUUCAUUUGUUUGGGGGAAGUGAUUGGCAAACUAAGCUUGUGCAAGAGCAGAGCUGGUACUGAAUUAUGGAAUGCCAGGUUUGAGAAGUCUGGUCUUUACAUUGCAACUUAAUGGUUAAUUGGACGCAAUUUGUUAUAAAUCUGGUACAUUAAUACAUUUUACUUUGCAGCUAUUGCAUGGUCCCCACACUGUUGUGGGCUCUUGGCUACUGGUGGUGCAGCUGAUCGGUGCAGGGUCUCAGGUUUAUAAUGUCAUCUGGUCAAAAGAUUCCUGUCAACUGCUAAGUUUCUUGUAUAUCAAAGUAGACCUCAAUUUUAUAGUAGAAAUGGCAUUUUUGACAAAAGUGAGGAUUCUCUUUUAUAUUCAGUGCAGAUGGUGAAGUACUUGAAGGUGAUGAGUUCCAGAGUUAAUUAAACAAAACUGCAGUAAAUGUGAACUUGGAUGUGAUGGUCUGGGUCCUGCAUGCUUCAUUUGGAUUGAAAAAUACCGAAUUUUAAUUGAGAGAUUCAAUAUCUUGUUCCAAAGUAAGCCUUGAGUGCUACUCUCUGUGGACACUAAAAGAACUAUGAUUAUGAAGCAAAAGAUCCCUAUGUAGAUUUUAAUUAACAGUAAGUUUCAUUUACUUCUUACACAGUUUCUGCCAGCAUUAGACAGAUAUAGCCCUAGUGCAUGGAUACUUUAUGCACUGUUCAUGGUGUUCCUAACAUGCUUGAUAAGUAGAAUGGCAGACAAAAACAGGAAAAUGCUGUUGUUUGGUGUGCCAGAGUCAGUCAUUAGAAACCACAGGGAACUGGAAAAUUUAACCUCAAAUUUGUUUGAAAGACAAGUGAAUCAAAUUAUGCUAGAUUUGCUCUUCAAGAAAGAAUGACAAUUCAGAACAGACUUUGACUUUAACCACUACAGCAGGAACAUGUAGGGUAUAUUUGAAAGUCUGUGUAUUUAUUCAGUUUAAAAAGAUGUCUUUUCUGUUAGCUCUCUGCAAAGAUGUAACUAAUUCUGUAAACAUUUUGAAGCCUACCCUUUUAAAAUGUUUUUCUGUGUGGAUCCUUGGAAAGCUUCUUAAUAAAAAAGGAUGCACUUUAUAUGUUGCAGGUCAUCACCCAUGGUGACUUUAAAAACCAGAUGGGUGUUUGGAAGUAUCCUGGCCUGAUGCAGCUUGCCAGUCUCAGUGCCCACUCAACUAGAGUGUAUUAUACCUGUAUGGCAUUAACUCCAGACAGGGAAGCAAUUGUCACUGGUGCUGGGUAAGAGACUGCUUUUUGAAUGUCUUCAACAAAGCCCAUUCACAGAAGGAGAACACCUCAGUCCUGGAGCUGUUUGUAGCGGUCCGAUGAAGAGUUCAGAUAUUCCAUUUGUUUUUGUAAUUUUAUAUUACAGUUCUAAAUUUAAAUUUAUUAUUCUGUACAUUAUUGCUCGUGCGCUCGAGGUGAACAAACGUGCCUUGCUUGUGCUCCCGCCCGCUUGAUUGCCUAGUGUCUCCCUGUGUGUACAGGCCUACCGCUGCUUAGGUAUGGCCAGUAAGGAACACUGUCGGCUCUGUGAAAAGCCGUUUUACGGUAAGCAAAAAUCUAUUCAUUGUGGCGUGUGCGAUUCACGCUUUCACUGUAAUUGUGUUCCUAAUUGUUCGCCGGAGCCUGGUGUGAGUGCAACCACCGGUAAGUCUUCUUACAAGUGUGACAAUUGCAAUAAACUAACAGGGGAUGCUGCAAACGAGCUUUCCUUCUGCAAUAAGAACCAGAAGGAAGCAAUUACUGCAGAGCUGCAGUGUACUGCUUCGUGUAUAGGGGAUAAAAAUUCCCUCAGCGUGCAGCUGGAAACACUUCGCACCAAUGGCAUCUGUACCAUGGAAAUGGUGCAGUCUAUAAUUGUGAUGCUGUCGAAUCUCAGCAGUGAAGUUCAGCAGCUUAGAAUCGACAACGAAGCCAUGAUGAUGCAAUUGCGUGAACUACAACAGGUGCCCUCACAUGUACAACCAACACGGCGUGAGGCUGGUACAUCUACUUCAAUUACAGCAAAAUCAUACAGGGCUGUUGUAUGUGCAGUAAACGGAAACCAUAGUGUCGCCAAGGUCGCAGCUCCUGCUAUGAUUUCACUACCUGAGCCAUCCAUUAUGACAGGUGAAAACCCUUCCGGUGGUGAUUUUGUAACAGUAGUUAAGAAGAAGCGAGUAGCCCCAUCUCCUGUUAACAUUGUGAACACUGUUGCCAAUACCUCCAAGAAACCCAGGGCUGCCAUGGUCGGAGUUAGAAGCUCUUCUUCUCUCUCAGUUGUGCAGAAGAGGGUCCGCAUGAAGUCCCUUUUUGUCUCUAGGUUUUCCCCAGAUGUAACAUCAUCUGAUGUUGAGGCAUCUUUAAAGGAUCAAUUGCAGCUUGCUUCCCUUGCUUGCACCAGGCUAAAAACUAAAUAUAACUCAUGUACAUCAUGACAUGUCUCUGUUGCAGAGGAUGAUUUUCAUCUCAUUAAUAAUACCGGAGUCUGGCCUAAUGGCUGUUUAAUCGCUCCAUUUUAUGGGCGAUUAAGCCCUGACCAAAUUUAUACUGUUGAAGAAUCAUAGAUUUCUCGGCCUUGCUCCCCUGGUGCAGGUAAUGAUCCUCCCCUUGCUCCCUCACCCAUGGAUCCUGUAGGCGAUUCCGUAAAUACAGUAAACAAUGUUGUUGCCCAGGGGGGAGGGCGCUUCUGUACAUAGUAAAUGGUUAGCAAGCCUGAUAACACAGGUUGUUUUACCAGGUCUCGCAAACAUCCUGGAAAAUGUUUUGACAUAUAUUACCAAAAUGUCAGAGGUCUUAGAACUAAACAAGUCGGACUAUAUGACAAUAUCUGCUCCACGGACUACAAUAUUAUAUGUUUAACUGAGACAUGGCUAAACGACCUGUGUUACGAUCAUAAUUUAUUUCCUGACUGCUAUACAGUUUUCCGUUCUGACAGGGUGUCUGUAAAUAAGACACGUGGUGGUGGAGUUCUCACUGCCCUAUCCUCCAGAAUUCGCUCUUGUAAAUGCAGAUAUGAUUUAGAAUCUUGUGAUGAAUGUGUAUGGGUUGAAAUCCCCACUUCAGAUGGCCUCAACUUACUCAUUGGAAAUCAUUACUUUCCCCCUGACACUAAUCCUGAAAACAUUGCUAAUUACGUUCGUUUUUUAGAAAACAAUCUGGAUACCCAUAAUUUUUGAGUAAUUAUGGUUGGGGAUUUUAAUGCCCCUGGUUUCGACUAGAAAAGUCGUUUAGAUCUGCCCAAUUCCCAUUAUUACUCUAAACUUAAGGGAAAUGUGAUCUACACUUCCACGUGUCUACUAAAUCUUAAUGAGUGCAUUGAUAAUGUCAGCAGCAGCAAUCUACUUGAUUUAAUUUUUUCUGACUUAAGCGACUAAGUAUUACUCCUGUUGAUACUGGACUUAUAAAGCCUGACAAUUACCACCCCCCACUAAUUAUCAAUAUUUGUUUGUCCCUUGCCACUUGUAUUCAAAAUUAUAAAUAUUCGUACCGUAAAUUUUCGUCUGGGGAUUAUGCACUGCUUUAUAAUAAUCUCUCAACUUACGACUGGUCCUGUGUAUAUGGUACCACCUCCGUGGAUUCUGCUGUCGCCGGCCUCAAUGCUGCUGUUCAAGAUGCCAUGGAACAUGCAAUUCCCCGUGGCAUCAUAAACACUCGUAUUAAAUUUCCGCACUGGUAUUCUAGUUCCUUAAAGUAUUACAUAAGGAAAAAGAACUAUUUUUACAGACGUUUUAAGAAAAAGAAAUCCGAUUGCCUUUACCAAAAAUUUUCCUAUUAUCGUAAGCUAGUUAAGUCUACUAUUAAGUCUGACAGACUUAGAUGGUUGAAAUCUGUGGACGAAAAUUUAAAGUCGCAACCCAAGCAAUACUGGAAAUAUGUGGCCCCCUUUAGGAAAAGAAAUUCUAAUUUCAUCCAGCUUGGGGUUGAUGGUAAGCAUUUAAUGGAACCUCAUGACAUUGCUGAUGAAUUUUUCAAAACAUUUUCAAACAGUGUACCACAAUCCUGGUCCUAUUGUCUUCCCCAACCUUUUGUCAUCUUCCGAGUUCUUACCUUUAGCGUCUGUUUCUGAUUCCGAUGUUAUUAAAGCUAUUAAGCACCUGAGACCAUCUAAGUCUGUUGGAGUCGAUGACAUCCCUGGAUUCAUUAUUAAGGGUUGUACUGAUAUAUUUUUACCUAUUCUGAAACACAUCUUUAAUCUAAGCUUAUCUCAGCAUUACUUUCCCUCCCUAUGGAAGGAAGUAGCCAUUGUCCCUGUUCUCAAGAAAGGCAAAAGCACCUCUGUUAGUAACUAUAGGCCUAUAUCCUUACUGAGUAAUUUUUCUAAAAUAUUCGAAUUUAUUGUUCAUGAACAUGUUUCCCAUUAUCUAAAAUAAAAAAUUAGUCCUUAUCAGCACGGCUUCUCAAAAACAAAAUCCAUAAGCACCAAUUUUGUGACUUACGUUGAUUUUAUCUCCUCUAUAGUUGGCUCUCAGAGGCAAGCUGAUGCCAUUUAUUUUGAUCUGAGCAAUGCAUUCGACCUUGUCCCACAUUCUCUUCUUCUUCACAAGCUAAGUGCUGCUGGGCUUUCUGGUGGUUAUGUAAGCUGGUUUCGCAGUUACCUAUCCAACCGGAAAUCCCAGGUCCGUGUUUCUGGUGUUCUUU